AUGGAGAAAAAUUCACAGGAGAACUCUACAACUUACUACCCAAAUAUGGACCAGGGGAGUGUACCUGAGUAUUACAGUCAAGAUCAGGUUUAUUUGAAUAAUUCACCUCUUCACCCAAACAGAACCAGUUUAUAUAAUGUAUCUGAAGAGUACCUUGAUUAUGACUACGUCAUAGAUUACUCGCAAUACGACUACUUAAAACCCCUUAAGUCUGUGCCCCUGCUUGAAGCGGUCAUAAAAGUGGCCGUGUAUUCCAACAUUAUUUUACUGGCCGCUGUGGGCAAUGUCCUAAUAAUUCUCGUGGUUAUAUGGAAUAAACAACUACGAACAACUACGAACUUUUAUAUCGUCAAUUUGGCGGUGUCGGAUUUGUUGGUAACGCUCGCAUGCUCUUGGGUUCAUGUUGUCGACGAUCUGACAGAGGGAUGGAUUCUGGGAACGUUUUUCUGCAAGUUCAACAGCUUUGCGCAAGUGACAUCCCUGGUCUCCAGCGUCAUGUCCUUGACAUUGAUAGCGUGCGAUCGUUUUUUCGGGAUUGUGUUUGCUAUGAAGGCCCAUAUCAUAGAGCGACGUGCAUUUCAUAGCAUACUUGUAAUAUGGGUUAUUUCCCUUGCUAUGGGGGCGCCCAUGUUGGUCGUACGAACAGUCCACAGACGACAAUGGCGUGACCAUUUGGAACUUUGGUGUGAGGGUGAUUGGCCAGUUGUCCAGAGAGUGUCGCCUGAAACUGGACAGAGGAUGGACCAUCGUCCAGGUCGAGUGGCUUACUUAACAAUAAUUACUGUCGUCCUGUUUUUCCUUCCGAUGUUGAUAAUGCUAGGCACAUAUGUCGGUAUUAUCAAAACCUUAUGGCAAGCGAAAGUUCCCGGGGAACGACUGUCUAGCGAUGUCAAAGUGGAAACAAAAGUCAAACGAAAGGUGGUGUUCAUGCUGGUAAUAAUUAUGGUGCUGUUUUUCGUCUGCUGGUUUCCUCUCCAGUUUUCCGUUUUAUACGAUACAUACAGACCUAAUCAAAAUAGUCCGCUGGCAGCCUGGUACAAGGACUUCACCUUUUUCGCUAAACUCUUAGCUUUUUCAAACAGUGCCAUGAACCCGAUCAUCUACGCUGGAUUCAACAAUAAUUUCCGGAAAGGUUUCAAAAUUAUGUUCGGUUGUUACAAGAAACAACGUUACACAACUUUAUCAAAGAUGGACGACUCGAGCCAUAGUGCUACAGGACUUACCAUGACAAACGCAACCACGCACUGCACCCGGAUUUAG